AUGGGAUUCUGCGGGAUUCGAAGAGUUGGAGAGUGCGUGGUGCUUGCUGUUCUGUUCUACUCGGUUCAGUCUACAACUACGAGGUAUUACACUUAUGAAGAGGAUGCGCCCGGGUCAGAGAUUGGAAAUCUGUCUCAGGAUUUAAAGAUAGACCCAGCAGAGAACCCUGAAACAUCUUUCCGCUUCAUGCAGGAGACCAAUUCGUCUGUGAUUCAAAUGAGGGAGAUCGAUGGACUUUUAACAGUUGGGGAAAUGAUUGACCGAGAGCAUCUCUGCCCAAGGUCCCCGCGGUGUUUUGUCACCUUCGACAUAGUUGCCUUCUCCAAAGAAAAGUUUCAGCUGAUUCACGUGGAGAUCGAGGUAAAGGACAUCAAUGAUAACUCACCCCAGUUCCUCCACAACGAGACGACCCUUGAGAUAUCCGAGAAUGUUCAGGUGGACUCACGAUUCCCGUUGGACAUCGCUGUUGACCAUGAUGUCGGCAAUAACUACAUCCAACGUUACCAUAUCUCUCCCUCCAGCAAUUUCAUAGUUGAUGUGCGCAGCAGGGAGGAUGAAGUGAAGUAUGCUGAACUUGUGCUUGUGAAAGCACUGGACAGAGAGGCUGAAGAUUCCUACACAAUUGAAGUGACGGCAACAGAUGGGGGAGAGCCACCCAGGUCCGGAUCAAUGACUGUUCAUAUCAAAGUGCUGGAUUUUAAUGACAACAGCCCAACGUUUGAGCACAACUCACUGAAAGUUGAACUUUAUGAGGAUUCACCCAUAGGUUACCAAGUACUGAAAGUGCAUGCGUUUGACCCAGAUGCUGGCAUCAAUGGCGAAGUAGUGUAUGGAUUUGUAGAGGACACAUCAUCUGAAACAAUGCGCAUUUUUAAUAUAGACCGAAUUUCCGGUGCUGUAACUUUAAAAACAUUGGUUGAUUAUGAGAAGAAGAGGUCCUAUGAAUUGUACAUUAAAGCAUCCGAUUUGGGCACAAAUUCUAUUCCAUCGACCUGCAAAGUUGUUGUUGAUGUUGUAGAUGUAAAUGAUAACGCACCAGAAAUCACCAUCAAGCCAAUGACAUCGACUAGUGAUGGUGUAGCUUACAUCACCGAGGCCGCAGCGGAGGAAAGUUUUGUGGCGCUGAUCAGCACCUCGGACAGUGACUCUGGCUCGAACGGUUACGUGCGCAGUAGCCUACACGGCCACGAUCAUUUCAAGCUGCAGCAGGCCUACGGGGACACUUUUAUGAUUGUAACAACCAGCACUUUAGAUAGAGAGAAGAUCCCAGAGUAUAACCUCACUGUAGUGGCUGAAGACCUCGGAACACCACCUUUCAAAACGGUGAAGCAGUAUACCAUCAGAGUGACCGACGAGAACGACAACGCCCCCCUCUUCAGUAAAUCCAUUUAUGAAGUUUCUGUCCUGGAAAAUAAUAUCCCUGGGUCAUAUAUAACUACUGUUGUAGCACGUGACCUUGAUAUGGGUAAAAAUGCCAAAGUUUCAUACAAACUAAUUGAUUCAGAUGUAGUGGGGGAGGCCUCCAUUUCGACUUAUGUGUCUAUAGACCCAAUGUCAGGGUCAUUGUAUAGUCUGAGAUCUUUCGAUUUUGAAACCCUCCAACAGAUUGAAUUAACCAUCCAGGCUGACGACAAGGGCUCACCUCAGCUGUCAAGCACAUCCAUGAUCAGAAUCAAAGUGGUUGAUCAGAAUGACAACUAUCCCUGUUUCACCUUUCCUGUUAUGCUGAAUGACUCUGCUGAAGUUCCUCUUCCUGUCAAUGCACCACUGGGGUACCUGGCCCUACGGGUCAAGGGUCAGGAUGAGGAUGAGGGCAUGAAUGGUGAGCUCAGCUACAGAAUUGUACAAGGUGACUCUAAGCUAUUUUCAAUCAAUAAAGACACUGGAGAAAUAGCUCUAAAACAGGGGCUGGCCUCUGCUAUUGGAGAUGUUUUGGAAAUCAAAAUUGCAGUGAGCGACAAUGGGAGAUCCCCCCUCUCCAGCAGUGCCACCAUUUGCUUUGUUGUCACAGAUUCGCAGCUCUCAGAUGACCAAGUUGUCAUUGUAUUACGGUCAAGUGAUGAGGAAGACGCAGGCUUGGAUGUUUCAGUAGUAGUUAUCAUAAUGCUCGGCGGAGGUUGUGCUCUGCUGCUGAUUACCAUAGUGAUUGUUGUUAUCACAUGCAAGCUGAAUCGAGGAGGGAAGGAUCAAGACUCCAAGAGAGACGUGUCUCAUGGCCUGUUUGACUCCAGGCGUCAUCCCAGGCUCAACUCUGCAGAACCCAACAUGUACGGUGGACCAAGAGGUUUCCUCAAUGAAAGGACCUCUUCAUCUCUUGAUGAGUCCAGCCUGUAUGAGGAGAAAAAUGGAGAUUUGGAGUCACAGGUGAGUGAAAUAUUUCAUUCAAUUUCAAUAGUGUUUAAAUACUGUACAACUGUACACAUUCAAGUGUAUCACUACUCCUGAUCUAAGUAGCUGAAAUUAAUUCCCAUCCUGUUCUCUUGUGUUUGCUCUUUAGAUGUUCCUGCCUCCCAAGCCUUUCCUACCAACAUCUAUGUGGCAAGGGGACAAAUACUGCCUGCAAAUGAGGUAAGAAUACCACCACAUUCCUCAUACUUGGCAUGAUGUGCUCUUUUAUCACAAUUAUUAUUUUCCAUGAGAAAACAUUUACAUAACCAGUCACUGGAAGUUACUUAACAUCCCAUAUGCAUACUGCAGAUGUAGGAUUUUAAUUGAAUCACUCUUUUGUUGCUUAGAAUUUUCCUGCACAACAGUACAUGCAAACUUAUUGUUUAUUCAAGGUUUAAAAAGGCUUCUAAAGUGUGUAAUUUCCACUUUAAAAUGUCAGACUUGACUUGCUCUAACAAAAAAUAUAUCAACCCCUACAAAAAACGUCCAUUAAUUAUCAUUUAAAAAAUAGACAAAUAUGCACAUCCAACUUAUCAGGUGCAGGACAGAAGAACGUAUCAAAGAAAAAAGAAUGUCCGCAACUCUGGUAAGCUCCCAUGGUGAUUAAACCAGACGGACAAAACAGACAACGUUUCGAUCCAAGUUGGAUCAUCGUCAAGUCAUUAAUUAUAAUCCACAUUAUAAUUCACAUUUUCUGUUGUUGCAGGAUAAUUUUCCUGCUGUAUUAAACUGGCUCAAAUUAAGAUCCUAUAUCUGUACAUGUGAUUGCAGUUGUUGUCCGGAGAGAGGGGGCGGGUGGUGGCAGGUUUCAUAAGAGGGGGGAAAAGCACACAUCAAUAAUCAGAUACAGCGGUGCAGUGGCUAAUGUUUGAUUCUAUUCGCAGUGGCAUUGACCAGCAGAGCGUAAAGGACAGUGGCAAGGGAGACAGUGACUUCAAUGACAGUGACUCUGACAUCAGUGGGGAUGGAGGCAAGAGGAACCUCAGCACCUUCCAGCCCUGGGCCAAAAGUGAGUUUACUACCAUCACAAUUUCAUACUGAGAUUUUAGAGUUCCUCGUAGCAGAAUGAUGAAGAUAACAGUGGCAUUUUUAUAGCACUUUAUAGCACUCAAACUGCAGCGGAUUACAUUGUGUGGGGAUAACUCACCCCUUCCACCACCAGUGUAGAACCCAUCUGGCUAGGUAGCGCAGCAACAACGAAUAUCAUUCUUUACUCCUUGGAAAGUAAUUCUGUAUGCGUGUGUGUGUUCUAUUUCAGGUUCAUUCCAUGCCGCUAACACCCUCGCUGUGGAUUGUCAAGGCACUUAUUGUGUAAUACCAACCCAAAGCUUCCAGGCCCCACUAGACAAUGCAUACACAAUUGGCUUUUCCCAAGCACCAGUCUACAACAAUCCCCAUACCUAUUCCCACUCCUGGAAAGACUCCGGCUACAACACCAGCAUUCCCAAAGCAAGAAACACCAUGCAGACGUUCUCUCAUCACACAGGUACACUCCCUUCUUACUUUGCCCAUCAAAAGAGACAAUCUGCUGCCGGACUUGCUGAAAUUCAGGAGUACAACCAAGAUAUUACUACAGUGGCAACCAUAUCUGAAGUUGCCACCAUUUUUUAAACAACCUGCC